AUUAGUGCAUUUCGAAUUCAAUUGAUUUACAAAUGGAUUCAGGAUUCAAUUUUAAUUGACUGUUGUUUAGUUGAACUAUGAGUACUUCAAAAACACAUCCAAAUUCAAACCUGAAUUGAAGGUAAGUCAACUCAUGGGCUUAUUUGGCUGACUUGUUCUGUUGUUCAUAUCAUAACUCCUAUUACAGCAAAAGAAGAAUGACACAAAAUGUGAAGAGUACAAAACCUAUUAAUGACGCAAAAACAAUGAUCCAAAUUGGAUGAUGCGUGGGAGCUUAAUUUCCAAGCUCAAAUAUUGCUCUUCAUUAAAACACAUACACCAACUCCAUGGAUUCCUUCUUUCUACUGGACUUUACGAUGACAGCUUCCUCCUUUCCUCCUUCAUCGAAGCCUGCUCAAGGUUCAAUGUUUCCCAUUAUGGCUACUCUGUUUUCAAGCAAAAAUUUCUGCCCACUAUCUUUCUUUGCAAUACCAUGAUCAAAGCUUUAUCUUCAAACCAUAGUUCUUCUCAAGAAGCAAUCUUUCUCUUCAACAAUAUUCGGGUUGUUGGUCUUUUCCCAGAUUCUUACUCCUUCCCAUUUGUUCUCAAAGCUGUGGGCCGAGUUUCGGAUUUUAAUGCAGGGAAAAAGAUUCAUGGGCAGAUUAUUAAAUGUGGGUUUGAAUGGAAUAUUCAUGUUACAAUUGCCAUUGUUCAGAUGUAUUCAUCUUGUGUUGGCGUGGAAGAUGCACGCAAGGUGUUCGAUAAAAUGUCUACCUCAAAUGAUGUUGCAUUGUGGAAUGCGAUGAUUUCUGGGUAUGCAGGUGCUGGUGAUAUGGAUAAUGCGCAGAAAUUGUUUGAUAGUAUGACAGAUAGAAAUGUUAUCUCGUGGACUACUAUGAUUACUGCUUAUGUUCAUGUGAAUCAACCUAAGGAAGCAAUUAAGAUUUUUCAAGGAAUACGAGGAAUUGAGGUUGAUGAGGUUGCUGUAUUGGCUGCUCUGUCAGCUUGUGCUGAUUUAGGGGCACUUGAGUUAGGUGAGGGUAUCCAUGACUAUAUUAACAAGCGUGGGCUGCGUAUAACCAUACCCCUUAAUAACGCUCUUGUUGAUAUGUAUGUGAAAUCGGGAGAUGUAGAGAAGGCUUUGCAAGUUUUCGAGAGUAUGCAGUGCAAGAACGUGGUAUCUUGGACAACAAUAAUAGUGGGGUUGGCCUAUCAUGGUCUCGGAAAAGAAGCAUUAGAGAUGUUUUGUCGUAUGGAAAGUGCAGGAAGUAGGCCAAAUGACGUAACUUUUAUCGGAAUUUUGUCUGCUUGUAGCCAUGUUGGGUUUGUUGAAUUAGGGAGCUUCUAUUUCAAUUUCAUGUUCUCUAAGUAUGGGAUCUUACCAAAGAUACAACACUAUGGAUGUAUGGUAGAUUUGCUAGGUCGCACUGGCCAUGUCAAAGAAGCAGUGGAUCUAGUUAAGAGGAUGCCCUUUAAUACUAAUGCAGCUAUAUGGGGAUCGAUUCUAGCAGCUGCUAGGAUGCAUCAAGAUCCUUCAAUUGCUGCAGACGCUUUGGUGCAUCUUUCAAUAUUGGAACCUGAUAAUAGUGGGAAUUAUGCUCUUGUUUCGAACACGUACGCUGCAGCUGGAUGUUGGAGUGAAGCUAGGUUGGUGAGAAAGACAAUGAGAAGCUCAGGUUUGAACAAGUUUACUGGUGAAAGCUCGAUUGAGUUGAACGAUUGCAUUCGUAGCUUUGCUGCUGGUGCAGUAUCGUAUCCUGAGGCGAAGGAGAUUCUUGAUAUCCUCUGGGAGAUUAAUCAGCAAUGCUUACUUGACGUUUGUAAUCAAAAUAUAGAGGAACAAUUGUUGAUGGAGGAAUGUAUGUGAACUGUAAAUUUAAUUCGUUGGAGAUGGAUAAUUAAUUAGUCCCACCCUAUGUGAAAUGUUUUUUGUGCAUCAAUUUUGAUGGCCUUUGUUAGAUAGCCAUGUCUAAAUGUUUACAAUAUUUAAUUUUUUUAUUGCUUGUAAGUUGUA